CCUGUCUCCUCCUUACUUACAAACGAGAACAUAUCGCAAUCAUGGAUCGUCCAAACAAGCCCUCCGCCCUUUCGCCCUCGACGACCGGUCCUCAACCCUCUGUACACGCCGACAAGGGUAGAGUGGUCGCUGUACUACCAACCGGCGACUCUGUCGAGGUCCUUCUCUACGGUGCAUCGGUCAUCAGCUGGAAGACCAAUGGGAAAGAGAGGCUUUGGCUCAGCACCGCCGCGAAGCUGGAUGGCAGCAAGCCAGUGAGAGGUGGAAUACCAGUGGUAUUCCCAGCAUUCGGACCUCCACCGAAAGACCACGCUACAAGCGCUCUCCCUCAACAUGGCUUCGCUCGCAACUCGACCUGGGAGUACCUGGGCAAGUCCUCCUCCGAGUCCGGCUCUCUGGCCAAGGGCGGCGACGACAGUGUCAAGCUCGACUUCGGUCUAUCACACAACAACCUCAGCGAGGAGCACAAGAAGGCAUGGCCGUAUGAGUUCGCACUCGUGUACAGCGUCACGCUGUCCAAGGAUGGGAGACUGCAGACGAUGUUGAACGUGAGCAACUCGGGCAAGGAGAGCUUCGAGUUUCAGUUCUUACUGCACUCGUACUUUUUGAUCAACGACAUCACACGCACUCAAAUCACCGGCCUCGGAAGUGAAACCUACAUCGACAAGAUGCUCAAUGCCACCGAACACAAGCAGUCCCCGGCCAACAUCUCCAUUGCCGGCGAAGUCGACCGCGUUUACAAGGGAAUCAAGCAGGACACCACCUCCGUGGUGGAAGACGGCAAGCCGCACCUCGACGUCAUCCGCGACAACCUCGCCGACACGGUUGUGUGGAACCCCUGGAUCGAGAAGUCGAAGGGUAUGAGCGACUUCGAACCGAAAGAUGGCUACAAGACGAUGGUGUGCGUGGAGGUGGGCACUGUCGAUGGAUGGCAGAAGCUGGAGUCUGGUGACACGUUCGAGGCGGGCCAGAUUCUGAAGGCGUAUUGA